AUGUUCAGCACCAGCAGCCACGAUGAAGUCAGCCUGAAGUACAUGAGCAACUCUAUGGGCGGCAGAAGACAGAAAUCUGUGGAUGAUGGAGAGCGCAGUCUCAUUGGGCCUCCAUCUACCACUGGUGGGGAUCACCUGGACCAAGAUGCCUCCGGGUCGGGGUUCGUCUAUCUAUUGGCGUUCUUCUCUGGCCUGGGAGGAUUUCUCUUCGGGUAUGACACCGGGGUGGUCUCCGGGGCUAUGCUGCUCAUGAAGAAGGAGCUGAACCUGAGCAGUCUGUGGCAGGAGCUGCUGGUUUCCAGUACUGUUUGGGCUGCGGCCUUCUCUGCCCUGAGUGGAGGCUCCUUGAAUGGAUGGCUGGGGCGCAGGGUCUGCAUCCUUUUGGCCAGUUUCAUCUUUGGCAUUGGUGGCAUCAUCUUGAGUUUAUCCCCGGACAAGGUGGUUCUUCUUGUGGGCAGAAUCAUAGUUGGCCUGGGCAUAGGCGUUGCCUCGAUGACGGUUCCUGUUUACAUCGCCGAAGUUUCCCCCCCUCACCAGAGAGGUCGGCUGGUCACUAUCAACAACCUCUUCAUCACUGGGGGCCAGUUCGUUGCCACUUUGAUCGACGGUGCUUUCAGCUACAUGAGCCACGAUGGCUGGAGGUACAUGCUGGGUUUGUCCGUUCUCCCGGCAGUGCUGCAGUUCGUCGGCUUCUUAUUCCUGCCGGAGAGCCCUCGUUGGCUUCUCCAAAAGGGUCGGAGCGAAGAGGCCCGCCAAGCUCUCAGCCGGAUCAGAGGAGGCCAGAGUGUAGACGAGGAGUACAACACCAUCAGAAUCAGCCUCGAGGAGGAGGAGAAAGAGUCGGGCGGAGGAGGACUUGUUAUUUUGCGGAUCCUUAACCACGGUCCGACUCGAAGGGCUCUCAUCGUUGGCUGCGGCUUCCAGAUGUUUCAGCAGCUGACCGGAGUAAACACUGUGAUGUACUACAGUGCAACCAUUCUGCAGAUGGCGGGGGUGCGGGAUGUUAAACAGGCAAUCUGGUUGUCUGCUGCAACUUCUGCGACCAACUUCGUGUUCACCCUGUUGGGAGUGUGGCUGGUGGAGAGAGUGGGCCGCAGGAAGCUGAGCCUGGGCAGUCUUUUGGGUACCUGUCUGAGUCUGAUGUUGUUGGCAUUCGGGUUCUUGCUAUCUGCCCAGUAUUCUCCGCCCAUCAACCUCCACCCGGUCGACCCUCAGAACUUAACCUGCACACUAUACGGGUCCUGUGAAUCCUGCAUGUUGGACCCGAAUUGUGGAUUUUGCUAUCGUGAAAACGGCACCAGAGUGUACGACUCAUCCUGCGUUCCCGUUCAUCAAGCGUCCACAGAUCACGCCGCCUGGGGAAGAUGUUCCAACCAGACAGAAGCGUCGACCGGCCCGAUCUGGGCCUACAACUACUGUCCCACAUCGUACUCCUGGGUCGUCCUGCUGGGCCUCAUCCUCUACCUUGCGUUCUUUGCUCCAGGGAUGGGCCCCAUGCCUUGGACAGUGAACUCGGAGAUCUACCCAAUGUGGGCGCGAAGCACCGGCAACGCCUGUUCAGCCGGGGUCAACUGGAUCACCAACGCCCUCGUUUCUCUGACCUUCCUUCAUAUCGCUCAGACGCUCACCUAUUACGGGGCUUUCUUCAUGUACAUGGGCCUGGUGGUGUUGGGUCUUCUCUUCAUCCAGGGCUGCCUCCCAGAGACCAAGGGCCUGCAGCUGGAGGACGUCGAAAACCUGUUCACCGGUCCACUCUGCUCCUGUGGAUCCUCCUCACCCAACGGCAACGUCCACUACACCCGGGUAAAAGGCAGCAACUACCUCCACUCUGACAACGACGCCUCAGAUUUAGAGUAGACUGGGAAGAUGUUCUCUUUGUGCUUUUGGUUUGCUGAGGCGGUGAGGUAGGCAUGCUGCCCUCUGGUGGCCGAGAACAAAACAAAAGCUUGAGCGCUCCAGUGAUUGGCUGUAACUGACACUUUCCCCUCACCUGGUUUAUUUCCCGUUUGCCUCAGCCGGGAGUUGGUCUGCUUUUUUCUUUUUGUGCAUUCUUCUUGUUUCCGAUCGUUCUCUCUGUCGUCACAAACGGGAACAUUGGAGCGAGACUCUCCAGGAUUCUGCUGAGCAGGUCUAUUGGUACUACAGAUCACGGUUCUCUCAUGGAAGCUCCGUGUUCAACAAGCUGAUCCUCUGGAUUUUAAGGACAUUAAAGAUGAACUUUGGGGGAUUUUUAGAAACAAAUCUAUUUUAGUUCUCUGGGUGAGUUCAGAAAGCAAGCGAUCGGUUUGCUGACUCAUCAUUCGCUCGGCCUUUCUGUAGCAAGUCAAUUUUAUUUCAAGAACGUGUUUGUCUUCUCCCCUCGAUGAUCUGUCGUCAUGAAGAUAUCAGACGAUGGAGAAGAGACAAACACUUUCAUUCAUUUCUACCUCAUUUGCACAUUUUCUCAUGUCAGUACAUCGUGUAGAACGCUUUGCGAUCUGUGCUGCUGUUAGACUUUAAUUUUGGGUUGCUGCUUUUGUUUGCACAGUGGGGGGGGAGAUUGCACGUUAAAAACCAGAAGUCUUCUAAAGAUGUCAGAUUGCGAGAACAAGUUGCUCAAAUCUUAAAUAUUUCUAGCAAGGGUCGGAAAACAGCGAAGCACACUAUGGAGCGGUGGGGUCAGAGAGCGCCAUAGCCUAUAUAACUGUAAGUACUGCGUCAAGGUGCACCUGUUCUACUAUGCUGCAACCGUUCUAAAUAUACUGUAUGCACUUUUAAUGAUCAAUGUCUUUGUUUUCGCAGCUCAGAUAAUGGGGACCGAGUCGCCCUCACCAACCUUUAUACAGAGCCCCUUUGUCCACAACAUCCUGUUUGCAUAGACACACUUUAAUAUAUCUGACAAUUAGCAUUUUAAAAUCUAAAAACUGUACAUUUGACUUUUGUUUUUAAAAGUUUUCUGAUGCAGUCUUGUUUUUAUUACAGUCAUCAGUUCAAGUAGUUUCUGUUUUAAAUGUUUUAUUGAAGCACAAUCUUCAUUCUGAGUAUUUAUCUUGGGAUUCUUCUGAUGAGUGAAACAUUUGGAGAUAACAAUAAUAAGAACUUUGCUUUUAUGCGCACAAAUUCUUUUCAGUAUUUCUAACGACAUAUUUUGUUGUUACAGGUUCGUAACCCUUCUCACAUGAUGUCAUACCUGUUGUGAAAUAUAAUAACCGUGAUAUAAUCCUGCCACUAUUCGUGUAAAUCAUAUUGAACACCAGCCUGUGUGAGAAAUUAAAAAGGGAACAAGUUUGUGCAUUUUGCAUUGGAAAAUUGGAUGUUUUAAUGUUGGUACUGUCAUUUACACUUUGUAUAUGUAUGUACUUACAUUCCAUAUCUGUUCGAUCACGUUCUGGUCAUCAGCGUGAUCUUUGGGAAAUAAACAUACAGUCGAUUGAAGCCUGA